AUGGCAUCCCCAUCCUACAAUGCCAACGCCUGGACCGAUGCCACGUCUUCGACCAAUCCACUCUCAUCGUCCUCGGGGCAAGACAGCAGCGGCCCUACGAGCCUCACCACGCCGGUCGAUACCUCCUCAUCGCCCUUGAUCGACUCUUCCACAUAUACAAGCCGCGGGUCCGACGCUCGAUCUCACAAGUCUGCAAGAAGCGGCGUCAGCGACGACGACGAGGAAGGCGAUGCCCCUAUCUACUUUGCCGCCCGCUCCUCGGCCGAGCGGGUUCGGUCCUCUGACUCGCAGGCGACGAGGAGCGGCGCCGGGAGAAUAGGAGGCUACCUCGACGAGGAAGAAGAGGACGGGAGCGGGGAGGCGGGCCUGCUGAGCGGCAAGCGCCGAUCCGACACGGCGCGACCCAGAUACGACGACGGCGAAGAUGGACGCACGGCCACCGCGAGGUCGCGGGACGGAGAUAACUCGUCAAUCGCGGGGGGAGGGUCCUACUGGCGGCUAGCGGCCGAGGCGUCCAACACCAUCUCGACCAGGGCCCUCGAGCACGUCGAUGGGGGCACCACCAAGGAGCGCAAAAGGGCCUACUGGCGGGCGGCCGCCGUCAACCUCACCUUGAUCGGCGGAUGGUAUACGUUCUCGACGUUGAUAUCCAUCUACAACAAGUGGAUGUUUUCGCCGGACCGACUCAAUUUCUCCUUUCCGCUGUUCGUCACCACCUGCCACAUGGUCAUGCAGUUCAUCCUGGCCAGCCUUGCCAUGAAGCUGUUUGACGAGAAGCUCGUACCGCGCAAGCCAAACGGCGAGAGGGCGCGGCCGAGCGGGCACGACUGGGCGUCCAAGGUGGUGCCAUGCGCCGCAGCAACAGCCUUGGACAUCGGUCUGUCCAACACCAGCCUAAAGACCAUCACACUGACGUUUUACACCAUGUGCAAGUCGUCGAACCUCGCGUUUGUCCUCUUCUUCGCCUUUCUCUUCCGGCUCGAAAUCAUCCGCUGGUCGCUGAUCGGCAUCAUCGCGCUCAUCACCAUCGGCGUGGUCAUGAUGGUGGCGGCCGAGACCAAGUUUGUGCUGGUAGGGGCCGUGCAGGUGCUCACCGCAUCGGCCAUGGGCGGGCUGCGGUGGACGCUGACGCAGAUGCUACUCGAUCGCGACGGCAUGGGCCUCAACAAUCCGAUCGCCACCAUCUUCUGGCUGGCGCCCGUCAUGGGCGCAUGCCUGGUCGUCUUCAGCGCCAUCUUUGAGGACUGGCACGCCAUCUUUGGCGGCGACGGCGGCUGGUUCGAUGGGCUCUUCCGCUCCCUCAAGACGGUCGCGCUCAUCACGGCGCCCGGCGUGCUGGCGUUUGGCAUGAACCUGAGCGAGUUUGCCCUGAUUCAGAGGACGUCGGUGGUGACGCUGUCGGUGGCGGGCAUCUUCAAGGAGGUGUUGACCAUCAUGAUUGCCAGCACCAUCUUUGGCGACGAGCUGACGCCCAUCAACAUUACGGGCCUCUGCAUCGCCUUGGUCGGCAUCGGGCUGUACAACUACCUCAAGUACCGCCUGAUUACCCAGGGACCGACGGCGUUCAGCCGUACGUCGUCGUCGACGGGCCUCAAUGAGCUGAGCGAGUCGCUGCGAUCCCGCGCCUCGUCGCUGGCCCACUCGCUGGGUCGGCCGCGCUCGACGCGGGAGAGGGGCAGCGACGUCCACUCGCUCGCCACGACGAGGGGCCCAGGUCGAUCUGGCGGCGCAAGGGGAGGCUACGAUGCGCUGCGACACGACGACGGCGACGGAGACGGCGAUGCGGUGCUGUUCGACCGCGACACCGAGUCGGUCUCUGGACGCGGCGAUGCCGUCGAGAUUGAUACGCACAAGGUCAGCGUCGAGAUCGUCUCGGCUGCCGAGCGGCAGAGGGAGAAGGAGAGGCAGGAAAAGAUCCAGGAAGAGGCGGAUCUCGCCGGAUGGGACACGAGCGGCGAGAGGGAGACGGGCAACGGGUACGUCGAGAGGUGA